CCGCCGCGCAGCGACCUCCCGUUGGCUCCCGGUCCUUACGGAGGCCAAGCCAAGAUGGCCGCCGUCGGGGCGUCGGGCGGCUCGACGGAGACGGCGGGCAACGGGGGCGGAGCGCAGGCUUCCUCCUCCUCCACCGCUGCCGCCGCCGCCACGACGGCUCCGGCCUCUUCCUCCACCCCUUCGUCGUCUUCCGUGGCCGGGGGAGCAGCGGCGGCGGCGGCAGCUUCAGCCGCCUCGUCCGUAGCAGGACCACCUCAGCCCGCGGUGGGAGGGAGCGCCGGGCCCGGCUCGGGGGCGGCGGUCUCCGGCGGGGCUGAGGCCACGGCAGGAGGAGGAGGAGGCGGUGGCUCCGCUGGUUCCUCGUCGUCCACGUCCUCCGCGUCCGGGGCCGGCGGCGCUCCGGUGUCUUCGGGGGCCUCCGAGUCGUGGUACGUGGCGCUGCUGGGCUUGGCCGAGCACUUCCGCACCUCUAGCCCGCCCAAGGUGCGGCUCUGCGUCCACUGCCUCCAGGCCGUGCUGCCCCGCAAGCCCCCCGCUCGGGUCGAAGCCCGCACCCACCUCCAGCUCGGCUCCGUCCUCUACCACCACACGCGCAACGGAGAGCAGGCCCGCGGGCACCUCGAGAAAGCGUGGCUGAUAUCACAACAAAUUCCGCAGUUUGAGGAUGUCAAAUUUGAAGCUGCCAGCCUCCUGUCUGAGUUGUACUGUCAAGAGAAUUCUGUUGACACAGCAAAGCCACUGCUGCGUAAAGCCAUACAGAUUUCACAACAGACUCCUUACUGGCACUGUCGCCUUCUUUUUCAGCUUGCGCAACUUCAUACGCUUGAAAAAGAUUUGGUCUCUGCCUGCGACCUUUUGGGAGUUGGAGCAGAAUAUGCUCGUGUGGUAGGAUCAGAAUAUACAAGAGCGCUGUUUCUAUUAAGCAAAGGCAUGCUGCUCCUCAUGGAGAGGAAACUGCAGGAGGUGCACCCGCUGCUGACACUCUGUGGGCAGAUUGUUGAGAACUGGCAAGGGAAUCCCAUCCAGAAAGAAUCAUUGCGGGUCUUCUUCUUGGUACUGCAGGUGACGCAUUACCUGGAUGCUGGUCAGGUGAAGAGUGUCAAGCCAUGUCUAAAGCAGCUGCAGCAAUGCAUCCAGACCAUCUCAACCCUUCAUGAUGAUGAGAUCCUCCCCAGCAACCCUGCAGACCUCUUCCAUUGGCUGCCCAAGGAGCACAUGUGUGUGCUGGUUUACCUGGUGACUGUGAUGCAUUCAAUGCAGGCUGGAUAUUUGGAGAAGGCCCAGAAAUACACCGACAAAGCCCUGAUGCAGCUAGAGAAACUCAAAAUGCUUGAUUGCAGCCCUAUCUUAUCAUCUUUCCAAGUCAUCUUGUUGGAACAUAUCAUCAUGUGCCGGCUGGUCACAGGGCACAAAGCUACAGCCCUGCAAGAGAUUUCACAGGUAUGCCAGCUCUGCCAGCAGUCUCCCAGGCUCUUUUCUAAUCAUGCUGCCCAGCUACAUGCUCUUCUGGGGCUGUAUUGCAUUUCUGUGAACUGCAUGGACAACGCAGAAGCACAGUUUACCACAGCACUUCGGCUCACCACCCAUCAGGAAUUGUGGGCUUUUAUCGUGACAAACUUGGCAAGCGUCUAUAUCAGGGAAGGAAACCGGCAUCAAGAGCUUUAUAGCUUGUUGGAAAGGAUAAACCCAGACCACAAUUUUCCAGUGAGCUCUCACUGUCUUCGAGCUGCCGCUUUCUACAUCCGAGGACUGUUCUCCUUCUUUCAAGGAAGGUACAAUGAAGCCAAACGUUUUUUACGAGAGACACUAAAAAUGUCAAAUGCAGAAGAUCUAAACCGAUUAACAGCGUGCUCUCUUGUUCUUCUGGGUCACAUCUUCUAUGUGUUAGGGAAUCACAGGGAGAGUAACAACAUGGUAGUCCCAGCCAUGCAGUUGGCCAGCAAGAUCCCCGACAUGUCUGUGCAGCUGUGGUCAUCGGCCCUCCUGAGAGACCUAAACAAAGCAUGUGGGAAUGCCAUCGACGCCCAUGAAGCAGCGCAAAUGCAUCAGAACUUUUCCCAGCAGCUGCUCCAGGAUCACAUUGAGGCCUGUAGCCUCCCAGAGCACAACCUUAUCACCUGGACAGAUGGGCCCCCACCAGUACAGUUUCAGGCACAAAAUGGACCUACCACCAGCCUGGCCAGUCUAUUGUGAACCUACUGUCUUCACUUGGGAAGAAGAUGGAAAUCAUUUUGUACACUGAGCUUUUUUUUUAAAACAACAACAACAAAAAAAGGAUGGGCAGCGAACACUUCUCCAAGCCCUCUAGGAGUUGGCGUUGAGGUGAUCUUUCUUAGACCCACAAUUUGGCAUGGCCAUUCUGAGCUCUUUUUUAAGGUGUGCGAGUGUGUGUGUGUGUGUGCGUGUGUGUGUGUGUGGAUCACCUACGUUGCAGGGAUGUCUAAUGUAAGUAAACACACAGGGCUGUAAGAGGCAGCCCUUCUUAUUUCUCAGAAUUUGAUUUUACGUGACGUGGACAAAACAAGGGCCCCUUCAGAUGAGAUUUAUUUAAAAGAGAAAGAAAUCAGCCCAUCUAAUGAAAGUAUACGGAGGCUGGGAUGGAAUAGAGAAAGCCAUGCCUGCUUCCUUGCUAAUUAAAACUGCCCCUGAAAAUGCCAUGUGCCUAUAUUUUUAUGAAGGCUCUGUUGCCCUUUGUAUUAUCCAGGCUGCUAGAUUUGCUUCUUGAACACACUUGCUCUAGAAAUACCUGAAGUUGGGGCGUUUAAAUCAGGGGUCUCCAACCUUGGCCGCUUUAAGACUUGUGGACUUCAACUCCCAGAAUUCCUCAGCCAGCUUUGCUUGAAGUUGAAGUCCACAAGUCCACAAGCUUUGCUGGCUGAGGAAUUCUGGGAGUUGAAGUCCACAAGUCUUAAAGUGGCCAAGGUUGGAGACCCCUGAUCUAAAUAGCAUAGGCCCCAUUCUCUGGCAGGAAAUCUGUUUUAUUGUGUUUCAACCUUAGCAACUCCCAAAAUGCGUGGCCUCACAUGUGGAAGUCCAGACAUCAUAAAAUCACUAAGAUUGACAAAACACUGCUCCAUUUGCUUCCCUUAUCAUAGAAAGAACUCCGCAAAUUGGUUACGUAAUGUGGGAGGUGUUUCCUUCCUUACGUCACUUUAGGGCACUUGGGCUCUACAUUCUUCAGAACAAUUCUUCAGAUAAUUCAUAUUGGAGCAAAGCUGAUGGUAAUCAGCCUCUGACAGUGUUUCAAGUGCCUGUUUGGUUUCUUAAAAGAGGGGUCUCCAACUUUGGUCCCUUUAAGACUUGUGGACUUCAACUCCCAGAGUUCCUCAGCCAGCUUUGAAGUCCACAAGUCUUAAAGGGACCAAGGUUGGAGACCCCUGCCUUAAAAGGUAAUCCUUUGGGUUUUUUCCCCUCAAGACACAUUACCCAUCUGGGUUAAAAUCAUGAUCAUUUUCAUUUUUUCUUUACGGUAAAGGUGACUCGAUUCACCUCUCUUUUUCAACUCUUGGGUCAGAAAUAAGGACAAACGGUGGCUUGGAAAAAACAAGCUGGCCUGAUCUGGAUUUGUGUGAUUUGUUUGAGACUAGGGUACAGUCGGGUCUUCCAAGACUCUUUAAUUAGAAUGUAGAAUGUUGUAUCUGGUGCAGAAUUCAGCUUCUGAGAAUCUUGGCAUUCAGGAUCUUUUAAUGAGAAAGCUUUUAGCCCCUAAUAGCUGCAAAGAUAUUUGAAAGGAUAUGGGAGAUAACUUCCCAUAUCAUGGACUCAACGUGGGAAGCUUAAACAAGUUUUCCAGUGAUGUGGGUAGGAAUUCUGUGCCCUUAGCCUUCCCGUGGUUAGCAAAAUGAUCAUAUAUUAUGCAAAGUACCUAAUUUGGAAUGAUUAUGCAAAACGAAUAUGCAAGUGACUGCAUAAAUCACGUUACACUAGAAUCCAGCUUUUCCAACUACUGGUACUUUUUUUAAUUAUUAUCUUAUUUUUAAGGCAGGGACACAAACCCUGCUUCUAGUAUGGUGUGUGCUGUACCAAUUUCAAAAGGAGAUAGUUUAUCUUGUUACUACAGUAGUUCAGUGAGUUCUUAAUUAUGGAUUUUUUAGCACAAUCUAUCAUCCAAAAGCCAUAGCCAGUAUCCCCUAAUCAUGCGUUCUUGAUAUUUUCAGGAAUAAUGCAAUCCAGUUGCUUUCCUAAGUAGG